AUGGCAAUAAAAUUAUUGCCUAUGAUGAUGAUCAAAAUCGUUGGUUGUUACUAUACUAUGUACGUGGAUAAUGAUCCCUCGUUAGUAAUGGAAAACAUCGAUGUUUCUCUUUGCACUCACUUAUUUUACAGUUUCGUUGAAUUUCAAGCAAACGCUUCUGUUGAAAGUUUUCAUACAUUUGACAUUGAAUAUGAUGGAUUAAAAGAGUUUAACAAUCUGCGGAUAAAGAACCCCCAUCUGAAAACCUUAGUUGUUCUGGAUUAUUCUACUGAUGAUCAUGGGAAUCAACCCAUUAUAAUUGAAGUAAUAGCUGACCCGAUUAGGCCAGAAAAACUGUUAAAGAAUAUCGUCAACUUCUUGAAAAAAUACGGAUUCAAUGGUAUAGAUCUCACAUUGACAGAUAUACCUCAACGUGGAAUACGUCCUUCUGAUAAGGGAAAUUUAGUUUUAUUCUUGAAGGCUCUCAGAGGAAAGUUUGAUAAAGAAUGUCUCAUUUUAUCUGCAAAUGUUAGUCCAAAUGAAACCACUGCUGAGAUAUUAUAUGAUAUUAAAGGAAUAUCCACGUAUUUGAACUUCAUAAAUUUGAAAACAUUCGAUUUUCACGGAAUCUCUGAUGCGGAAAAGAAAGUUGGUCAUACUUCUCCAUUGUAUCCUUCAUCGAAAGAAAACGCGGAGGAGCGGAAGAAGAAUAUUGAUGACGUUGUGAAAUACUGGAUUUCGCAUGCUGCUCCACUAAACAAAUUAAUACUAGGAACUGCUUUUUCCGGAAUAUCGUACACUUUGGCUGACCCAAAACAAAUUGGUGAAGGCGCAUCCUUUAUAAAAGAAGGAGAUUAUGAUCAUUUAACAGGAUAUUAUGAAAUUUGUGACUUCAUAAAAAAAUGGACCUAUCUCUACGAUAAAGAACAGGAAGUGCCAUAUAUUUACCAGGGGAAUCAAAUUAUUGCAUACGAAGAUGUUCAAUCCAUCAAGGCGAAGGCUGAAUAUGCUAAAAAAUGA